GGCGGGAAUGUACGCACCCUAGAGCACUGCCCCUCCCCGAGCAUCCCGCGCCCUCCGGGCAGAGCCUAGUGGCCAAGCCGGACUGCAAACGACCGUCAUGGCUGCUUCGAGACAGUCCCAGGUUGAGGAACUGCUGGCCGAGGCCCGGCGAGCCUUCCGGGAAGAAUUCGGGGCCGAGCCCGAGCUGGCCGUGUCGGCCCCGGGCCGGGUCAACCUCAUCGGAGAGCACACGGACUACAACCAGGGCCUGGUGCUGCCCAUGGCACUGGAGCUGGUGACAGUGCUUGUGGGCAGUCCCCGAGCAGAUGGGCUUGUCUCUCUUCUUACCACCUCUGAGGAUGCUGAUGAGCCCCAGCGGCUGCAGUUUCCACUGCCCACUGCCCAGCGCUCCCUGGAACCUGGGACCCCUCGAUGGGCCAACUAUGUCAAGGGAGUGAUUCAGCACUACCCAGCUGCCCCCCUCCCCGGCUUCAGUGCUGUGGUGGUCAGCUCAGUGCCCCUGGGGGGUGGGCUGUCCAGCUCAGCAUCUCUGGAAGUGGCCACUUAUACGUUCCUCCAGCAGCUCUGUCCAGACUCAGGGGCGAUAGCUGCCCGGGCCCAGGUGUGUCAGUUGGCUGAGCACAGCUUUGCAGGAGUGCCCUGUGGCAUCAUGGACCAGCUCAUCGCCCUCCUAGGGCAGAAAGGCCAUGCACUGCUGAUUGACUGCAGGUCCCUGGAGACAAGCCUGGUGCCACUCUCAGACCCCAGGCUGGCUGUGCUUAUCACCAACUCCAAUGUCCGCCACUCCCUGGGCUCCAGUGAGUACCCUCUGCGGCGGCGCCAAUGUGAAGAAGUGGCCCAGGCGUUGGGCAAGGAGAGCCUUCGGGAUGUGCAGAUGGAGGAGCUGGAGGCUGGCAAAGAGCUGGUGAGCAAAGAGGGCUUCCGGAGGGCCCGGCAUGUCGUGAGUGAGAUCCAGCGCACGGUCCAGGGAGCAGCUGCCCUGAGCCGUGGCGACUACAGAGCCUUUGGCCGCCUUAUGGUGGAGAGUCACCACUCACUCAGGGAUGACUACGAAGUGAGCUGUCCUGAGCUGGACCACCUGGUAGAGGCUGCACUCUCUGUGCCUGGGGUUUAUGGAAGCCGCAUGACAGGUGGUGGCUUUGGUGGCUGCACAGUGACACUGCUGGAGGCCUCCUCCGCGCCCCGUGCCAUGCAGCACAUACAGGAACAGUACAAGGGUACCGCCACCUUCUACCUCUCUCAAGCGGCUGAUGGCGCCAAGGUGCUGCACCUGUGAGGAGGAGCCCCAGCACGUCAUGCGGUGGGCACAGGGCCUGGCCAGUCACACGCUUCUGCACCUGGUGCCUACCUAACAUAUCUAGGUGCUCAAUAAACCUGUGUCUCUGA